AUCAUUAGAUCACAUGUUAGUCUAUUAAAAAUAAACUCCUCUUACAUACAAGACUCUCACAAUAAAUAAGAUUAAGUACACACGUGAUAUACACAAACUUUACUUUUAACAUAAUGUCGAGGAAAUGUUUCCAUGAAUUGAAUGUGAACUUUAGUUACAUCACUACAAUUUUACCACUGAUUUUAUAACCGAGUCAAAUGUUUGCGUGAGCCACUUGAUCAAAUGUUCGCCUGCACCACUCGACUUCUACCCAAGUAAGAGUGUGAAUUUUUAACAUCCAAUCAGAGUCUACCUCAUCCAUUGCAUGCAGGAUGAAAGUUAGUCAGCUGACACGUAGGGAAACAUGACAAAAACAACCGAUACACACGAGGGUCACAUUUGUCAUUUCCGAACAACCGAACAAACUAAGCAAUUAGGAAAAAACGACCGAAGACAGUCCUGGUAGGUGUAUCUACGCAUGGCAGUCUUAAUCCACACGCGUUAUAAUGCGAGCGGGCUUUUGAUUAGUUCAACAAUCAAACGUGGGCUCGCUUCUCGAGCCCCGUUUUUUCUUUACCGGAUCAGAUAUUCAGAUCAUGGGGCCCAAACAUCGGGCCCCACUACAACCCACAUGUCAUUUUCUCUAGGCCUCGCAAACACGUACCCACCGUACAAACCCCAAGUGUCAGCUUCCCCUGUCUUCAAAUUUCAUGUUGCCUUCACUUGAUUGGUCUCUACUUGCUCAUAAAAACAAACCCAAAUCUCUUUCAAACUACAGUACUCAACAACUACAGACAUCUCUGCAAGUUCAAACACUCAAAAGCACCAGCCACCAUGAUCAAGACUUUGAGUCCUUACUCUGAUGCUGCUAAAACAGCUCAGAUCAUGUCAAAGUACAGACCCAUAGCACCAAAGCCUGAAGUUCCAAUCAAUGAGAGUCCACCCAUGUCUCAGAAAAUCAGGCAAUCUCCUUACCUUGGGAAUCUCUGGCCACAACUACAAGCCAGGCCUACUAGAACCAGAAAGAGAGGCAGGGCUGCAGUAUCACUACCAACCAGUAAGAGACAGAAGGCCCAAAUGUUUAGCCUUUCCUCUCCUAGUUUUCUUGCUUCACCUGCCAAAAAUUUGUGUCUUCAGGUUUUUGCUCAUGGACUGCCUCAGCUUACUGUUACAAACCCUGUUGUGGCUGGUGGCAGUUUGGAUAGUCCAGUGACUGCUACUACACCAUCAAGUUUGAUGGCACUUCCUCUUCUUCCAUGUCCUAAUGUUGUUCCUGUUGUUACUACUAAUCAAGAAACAGCCAUUGAAGACAAUUGCAUGGAGCCAAGUACAAGAGAAAGGGAUAUAGACUUGAACACAGUGGCUGAGAUACCAGAAGAGAAGGAUCUCUUGCAACAAUUGCAAGGGAAACCUGUUAUUAUAACUCCUCGGCCAGUUAGGCCUGUUGGGUCAAGCAUAAGUGUUGGGUGCAUCAUUGAAGACCCCAACAGUAGUACCUCAGCAGUGCAAGUUCUCAAAAAACUAGAGGAGCUAGAAGAAGAAGUUGAAUCUGAGGUCUUACCUGCUAUUGUAUCAGACUCCAACAACAAAGUUAGGGUGGCGAAUUCUGCAUACAAAAAGAUGGUUGGACAGCCAGAAUGUCCUUGGCUCGACUUGAUGGAGCCUGUAGCUGGUGACGGGCAUUCGGGAGGCCAUUCUUGCAGAAGAAUCUGCGGAGAGGUGAUGCUUCAUCUUUCCAACACAAGGGUACCUGUUUCAUCAAAUGGGUUUUCAUGCUGGGUGAGAAUAGAGUGGGGACAAGAUGAAAAGAAGCGAUCAGUCAAUACUUUCUCUGAUGUUGUGAUCAGAUCAUCCUGUGAAUCUAAAGAUCACCUUUUCACUUGGAGGUUUCACACCCCCAGCACCAGCAGAGAAGCCCCCCCUUAAUAGUAUUACUCCUGUUUGAACAUAUACUGCUGUAGGUAUACUUAUUAGUAUAGUGUAAAAUGCACCUCAUCUGCCACUGUCAUGUAUACAUAAGACAUCAAUGCUGAUAUUACAUGCAGUUCUUCGUCAAUGCCGCCUCAAUCUCCAGAAGAACUCGUCGUAUCAUUGCAUCCUCUUUUGUACUAUGUCAACUGUACUGCUAGUUUAGUAGGGUAGGCAAUGUUGAAAAACUUGGUUCAGCAUGUAAAUGGAAACAAAGAAGCAAGGGUCAUUUUGAUCA